GUUUAGAUCAGUGAGGUCAGAGUAACAGCGGUAGAACGCGCAUUGUCAACACUGCAAACUAACAAAACAACAACCAUUUCUCUUCAACCAUGGCGCUCGGAAAGAAACCAUACCCCAAAGCGACGGUCAAGAAGAUCAUCAAGGCUCAUUCAAACCAUAAUUUAAAGAAGAAUGCCGAUGUUACUGUGCGUUUAGACGUUCUCAUGAUCGCAAAUGCUGCUAAUGUUUACUUACUUGUCUUAGAUCUUCCUCGACUACGUCCUAUUCAUGGAAACUCUUAUCAAAGAAGCGGCGAUCCAUUCGAAACAGUCGGGCGAACGAGGUCUCUCUGCGAGGAGCGUCAAGAAGGUGACGAGAGUAUGUCGUGUGAAGCAUCGUCUCUCCGCAUCUGCUGAUCCGUGCUGUCUAGGAUACCUUGACCAAAUUUAAGGGUUGAAGAAAACGAAUAAUUGCGACAAAAAACAAAACCCACCGAACUUACAGUGUUAAGAUCCUCAAGAGCCGCGCCGCCAUUGAGAGCCAUACAGGCAUAGCCGCGACAUCCGACAUGAUACAGCAGUAUCACAUACACGGCAAAUAUUACAGGCUUGGGAAUUGAGCCACUGUAUGAUAACCCCUGACGGAUUCCGCGACCGGGAGGAGGGCAUCGCGAGGUUGAAAGAACAUGGCGCUUGCGCACGAGACCACCUCAUCCACUUAACCUCAGCUGAAUGCGACGGUUGGGUGGGGCUUUUCCUUGUCAUGACGAUGAUGCAGACCAACGAGAGAACACUCCGUCUCUAUCCGUACAAACAACAUAGAUUAG